AUGAGACGCCACUACCUCUUGCUCUGCCUCGCGCAGCUUACCCGUCCGCUCUGGGCCCAGUCGACCACCUCCACCGAGGAAUCGGCCAGCUCUACUACCACCAGCUCCACCGCCGCCGCGACGCACACCAUCUCCGUCGGCGCCGGGGGCAACCACAAGAUGUCGCCCAACACGACCACUGCAAACGUCGGAGACACGAUCGUGUUCGAGUUCUUCCCCACGAACCACUCGGUCAUCCGAUCCGAGUAUGCUGGUGCCGACAACUGCCCCGACGGAGGAUGCAACCCUUGCGUGCCGUACGAGCUGUACUAUCCGGAAGACGAGGACAAGGCUUUUUUCUCAGGCAACCGCGAAGUUUCUUCGUACGCAGACACGCAAACGUGGAGUCUGACGGUCAACGACACGGACCCCAUCUGGUUCUACUGCAACGCACUGAGCUCGUGCUCCCCCAAUGCCAUGGUCGGAGUCAUCAACCCUGGCACCAACCAGACCAUCGACAAGCAGAUCAGCGCCGCCAAACACUCAGCUUACCAGCUCGCGCCGGGCGAGGACUGGCCGGCCGAGGGCAGCAGCAGCAGCAGCUCCGACGACGACUCAAGCAGCAGCAAGCACAAGAACUCGAUCCACCUCUCGGGCGGCGUCAUCGCAGGCAUCGUCGUCGGAAUCGUCGUGUUCCUAGGCCUCUGCGCCGCCCUCGCCUUCUUCAUCGGCCGCAGCCGCGCCUACGGCAAGAUCUUCAAGAACGGCAGCUCGGGCGCGGGCUCGCAGCCCGCCAUGUCGGAAGCGGGCUACCCAACCGCGUCGCACGUGCCGGGCCCCGGUGCCGAGAACCCGUGGUUCCAGCAGCAGCAGCUCAUGUCGGCGCCGGACCGGAUGGGCAGCCCGCCGCUGCCGAGCCCGCCACUCAGCAGCCCCCCCAUCGGCUUCCCUGGCGCCCCCGUCGACAACAAGCACAUGUCGGUCGCGAGCUUCAAUCCCCAGCAGCGCUGGAGCGACAGCACCGGCGUGUCCAACUUCCAGCGCGCCGCGAGCCCCGUGCCUCUCGAGGGCGGCGGCACCUUUGUCGGCUAUAACCGCCUCACUGGCGCGCCGGAGUUCGCUGCCGAGGUCAUGGGCGAUCAGACGAUGGUCGCGACGCCGCCCGUUGAGGGUGCAGCGGCGCCCGAGAAGAAGGACGACGCCAAGGCGAAUUCACCGGUCGAGAUGGAUGCGCGCGAGGGCGCACAUUUCUGA